CUCACAAGCAUUCCUCAAGUGACAAAGAAACUGCAACAUACAAACACCACAACUCUGAUCACCAGAUAUCCUUUCUUCGACUACGCAGUAUUCGAACCGACCUCCAACCAUCUUCCGAUUCGCACUCUAAUCUCCACAGAAGCCAGAGCGCGUUUCCAGGGUCCCACUUUCAUUCUAUGACGGAGGUCUAGGUUGGCACAAGGUGUUGGUGAAUGCCACUUGGGCGCACCUGCGCGGAUUGUCGAGGCGAUCAGGAGUGACCAGGACGAUUUCUCUACAUUACGAAAGAUGAGCGCCUCUCCCUCUGGUCUGUCGAACGGACAGACUCCCACUCCCAAUGGAGGGCCACCACAGUACAUUCGAAAGGCAAAGGCUGCCGAUCCUCUCCGUCCACGAAAGAAGCCAGUAAAGCGACUUCAACCACCUCAAAAAGGCUCUAUAAUCAAGCCCAAUGGCUUGAAGCCCGCUGGACGACCUCCGAACCAAAUUCCUCGAAAUGGCAUUGCGCCCGCAAGCAAUGGUCAACUUCCAACUCUCGUGAACAGUUCAGGUCUGGUCGCAGAACCCGGUGGAUGGACAAAUCCGCCAACGGGAGAGUACAUGGACUUUCCGUUAUUCACAACCAAGCGAGCUCUGCGCGAAGGGUUGAGAUAUCAUGUUGCUAGGUUUUCUUCGAAGAAAGAUGUUGAUCCUAGCAAUCAAGAGGAGUUCACACGGCCAGUGGUUCUGCAUAGAAGAGAUCCGAAGCAACCUGCUCCAGGAAAGGGCAUGAAGGAUGAGGAUAUGAUGCCCGAAGGUCCAAUAGAUUCGAAGGAACGAGAACGUCAAGAGAUAUUGAAGGCAGAGAAGGAGAAGCAACGAGCUGCUGAUCUUGCACAAAUUGCGCCGACGGGAAACAAUGCUUCUGCUAUGGCGGCGAAGAAGAAUCAAGCAUUCAGGAACGAGAAGACUACCCAGGUUUACCGUCUAGACAAGACUGCAGAACAGAAGAAGGCAUCUGAUCUCAGAUAUGAAGAAGCUCUUCCUUGGCAUCUCGAAGAUGCUGAUAACAAGAAUACCUGGGUUGGCAAUUACGAGGCGGCACUUUCUGAUACCAAUGUCAUUUUCUUCAUCGAUGGUGACAAAUUCAAGAUGAUUCCGGUUGAAAAGUGGUACAAAUUCACAGCCAAGGCUCAGUUCAAGACAUUAACUUUGGAAGAAGUCGAAGCUCAGAUGAAUAAGAAAUAUGUCGCCCCAAGAUGGAUGCCCGAAAAGGCUGCCGAGAUCAAAUCCCAGGGAGGUGGUGGUGCUCACAAGUUAUUCACGGUCAAAUCAGAAAGUAACACCUUCAAGAACUCCACGAAGAGAGAGACGGAAGAUAUGGAUGAUCUUGAUUUCGCCGAGGAUGAUCUGUUCCAGGACGAUGAUGAGCAGGUCACCAUGGAACCAGAUAACGAUGAGGAGACAAAGGAUGCACAAGAACGUAUCAAGCGCGAGCAACUCGGUGCCAACGUCUUCGAUCAAGCGAAUGAGGCUGAUGUCGAUAUGGAGUUUUUGAAGGAAGAAAAGGAGGCUGAAGAGCAGAAGAAGUUGAGCAAGGGUGUCAAGAAGAUGUUGAAGAAGCGUGAACAAACCCAUCUCUACGACAGUGACUCGGAUCAUCCGUACUCUUCAUCGAGCGAGGAUUUCACUUCGGAUGAGGAAAAGCUGAACGAACAGGACAAGAAGAAGGAAGAGGAAGCCAAGGCCAAGGCAAAGGAAGAUGCUAAACUUGCUUCUGGUACAUCUUCCAAGGGUACAAAUACACCAUCUGGUCGUCCCAAGCACACAGAUCCGUUGAAGAAGAAGAAUUUGAAGCGACCGGGCUCUCCCAAUCGCUCUGAAUCGAGUGGAAACGAGUCGAGCAGGAAGAAGAUCAAGAAGAAGCACUCAUCUCAACCAAUUAGUGCUACUUCUGCUCCUGGCUCUCGACAAAUUUCGCCUGCUCCUUCGGGUUCUGGAAGCGUUCGCAAGUCAUCAAUCGUCAAGCUUUCCGUUAAUUCGUCUAAGCUCUCCGAUAUCCAAUCAGCACCACCUAAUCCAAGUCCAACUACCGCUAUGAGUGAUGGAGAGGCUACCGGAGGUGAAAUGUCUGAUGGUGGCACCAAGAAGACCAAGAUCAAGCUUCGUAUCGGCGGUACUUCUCCUACAGGGUCUAGAGCAGGUAGUCCGGCACCAGGCCGUUCUGCUGGAGGUAGCCGUGCUGGCAGUCCUGCUAACCAACCACAAAGUGGCACAGCAGGUUCACCUCUGGCUCAAUCACCUGGCUCAGGACCAAUUCAACCUCACGAAAUCGUUGCUGCACUUCCAGCUGCAGGUAUCAAGAUCGGCGAAUUGAUGAAGAUAUUUCAACGAAGAGUUGGUGAUACCAAAGGACAGACUGAUAAGAAGGAAUUCAUCAGACUUGUCAAGGAAAAUGCUGCAUUUGGUCCGGAUAAGCUUCUACGACCGAAAUAGAUGGUUUGGGGUUGUCGCUUGAUUCAGAUUGUAUGCAAUCAUUUGGUGGUCUAUCAUUCGGUGGUCAAUCAUUCGGUGGUCAUUCAUAGAAUUCAAGCAGACGAUGUCACGACCGGUCUGGUCUGUUUGUACUGUACGUUUUUGAUACCAGCAUGAGAAAUUCGAGGUAUUGGGGUGGAAUACCUUGGAGGAGUGCAACAAAAAGCACUAGAAUAAAAAACAAUGAAUUAAUUAUCUUUAUU